AUGGCGGUGGAGCAGAGGAAGAGCGCGGCGGUGAUUUGGGCAUUUGCAUUUGCGAUGGUUUUGAUGAUUGGAGCGGUGGCUGCUAAAGGAGGUGAUGGGCAUGGAACUGGAGGGCGGCCCCAAACUGGUAAAUCUUCCAAGAGCACUGCUGUUGCUGCUGCGAAACUCAUGCCGCAAGAUAUGAUUCUUGGUUUCCUGGGGCUUUGGGAAAUGGUGGGGUCUUGUGGCGGCAACUAUGCCGCCACUGCGACGCUCUUUCGCGGCGUGCGAUUCUUCCUGUCCGGCUUCGAUCGCGCCGAGGAGUGCCAGUUCAUCGAUGCCCUGGAGCAGCAUGGAGCGAGCAAUGCAGGCCAAUACUCGAGCUCUUGCAGCCAUGUCAUCGUUUCGCAGCAUACCUAUGACGAUCCGAUUUGUGCUGCUGCUAGAAAAGAUGGGAAGGUUCUUGUUACCAAGAGCUGGGUCCUGGACUCUCUGGAGCAAUGCGAGUUAAAGAAUGCAAACAGCGUUCUUUACAUGCCCGUCAGGGAUCUGGCUGGGAUCCCAGGUGCUAAGAAAGUCUGCGUUUGUUUGACUGGAUACCAAAGCGCGUCUCGGCGAGAGAUUGAGGCAAUGGUAGCUAUGAUGGGCGCAUCUUUCACUAAACCGUUAGAUGCUAGGAAGGUGACUCACCUGGUCUGCUACAAGUUUGAAGGUGACAAGUACGAGCUUGCGGAGCAUAUGAAAUUAAAGCUUGUGAACCAUCGCUGGCUUGAGGACUGUUUAAGGACGUGGUCCUUAGUGGACGAGGCGAAUUACAGGAUAAGUGCCCACGACCUGGAAAUUGCUGAGGCACAAGCUAAAGACGCUCAAGUUUCUGAGCAACCAAACGAGACGAAUGCUGCACCUCCCGAAAUCGCUCCGGAUCCACCUGACGUCGAUUCAGAGGCUACAACGCAACUGUGUGAGGCUGAAGACGACUGCGUUGUGGAGGGUGAAAACGUCACCAGUAAGUUCAUGGGCUCACCUAUGGAUACCGGCAACGACAGUGCUACUAAACAAAGGGUGAUGGAUACCGUCAACGACAGUGCUGCUAAACUAGCAGAGCAAAGGGUGAUGGAUACCGGCAACGACCGUGCUACUAAAUCAGCAGAGCACAGGGUGAUGCCGAGUAAUGCAAGGAACGAGUCGCUGUCAGGAGGGGAAAGCGAAUCUCCUAGUUUGAAGAAGAGGAAAAGUUUUGAGGCGUCCAGUGACCAUAAAAAAACUGGCGAGGAUUCAAUCAGGAAGAGAGGCAGGCCUUUAAGUAGUCUUUCGCCGCGGCCUCGUCACUCGGACCGGACUAUGGAUGGCCAGAGUCCUGAUGCAGUGAAACAGUCCCCGUCAAAAAGCAGUAACGGAUCAGGCAAAAGGAUCUACAUUGAGCCGGAGAGAAGCUCAUUUCACUCCAAGUCAGGAUCGGCUGCCAAAAAAAGUGGCAAACACAAUGCAGCGGGUAUGGGCAUGGACAACAAAAAGGAGGGGAGCUUCAAAAGCCGGAGGCUGACCAGAAGCGGUUCGAAGGACAGUAUCACGGACGCAAACGGACAUGAAACUCGAAGAAAGUCCUUAUCGGGAUCAGCUGAGAAACUAACUAGCAAGGACGAUGCAGUGGAGUCGAAGCAUCAGCCUGCAAACGAGCCCAAGGCACAGAAGCAAACGGACGUCAUAAAUCUUGAUGAUGAGGAAGAGAAAAAAGAUGAAGCUGCAAAAGAAGCUGCCGAAGUACCUGUAAAGCGGGGAAGAGGACGACCGAAGAAGUCGAAGCCGAUAAUCCCAGAAACAACAAAAGACUAUCGGUUCGCUUUGAGUGGACAUACCGAGGAGAAGAGGAAGCACAGGCUUGUCAUUCGGAGCCUCCACGGCCACCUCUGCAGGGACGACCACAUCUGGAAAGAGCAGACGACUCACUGCGUGAUGGGCUCGCCGCUUCGGCGAACCGAAAAACUCUUCGCUGCUCUGGCUUCCGGACGAUGGAUACUCAAGUUCGACUAUCUGGAAGCUUGUGCAAAGGCCAGGAGAUUCGUCGACGAGGAACCAUACGAGUGGUUCGAGCCAGGAGAUGCAAAAGACGGAACGAUCGACCUGAGAGCUCCAAGGAAAUGGCGGCUGUCUAAGCAGGAAACCGGCUGUGGUGCCUUCGAAGGACUGAGAGUGAUCGUGUAUGGAGAAUGCAUUCUUCCCUCCUUGGGUACUCUCAAACGCGCCAUCAAGGCCGGAGGAGGAGCUGUGGUGGCGGUGGAGCCACCAUACACAAUUCCUCUAGCAACCGGGGUGGACUUCGCGAUCGUCGGGCUGGGAAUCCCCGAGAACGAUCCACGCGUGGUGGAGAUCCUCAAGCGCAAGGUGGCGUGCGUGAGGGACGAGUUCUUCGUGGAGUUCGUGUGCAAUCCAUCCGCGAGCUGGGAGAAGCACGUCCUCUUCAGCACCGAGGCCGCGGUGGAGAAAGCUCUCGCCAAGCUCGCCACCAUCAAGUCAUACUCAUCGCACAAGCAGUCAGGAGGAGGAGAAGAGGAUGAUGGUGGCGGAGGAGCAGCGGCGGCGGUCGUGGCGGAGGAAGAAAUGGAUCGAGCUUGCAACGUUUGCGGUCGCAAAGAUAGCGAAGAAGUGAUGCUCUUCUGCGAUGGAGACGAUUGCGAGGUUGCGACGCAUACGUUUUGCCUGGAGCCGCCGCUGGACAAAGUUCCAGCGGGAGACUGGUACUGUGCUCGUUGUUCUUCCUAAAAAUGUGUUAAAAAAAUGAUAGUCCUCUCAAGAACCCUAAUAUUUGAAUGUUUUAACAAUGUUUUAACAGCAA